GCGUGUUGCGAAGUGAGUCGCUGCACUCGUUGCAUUUUCAACAUUUUCAACAAUUUUCAAGCAUGCUCAAAAUGGAGGAGAGUAACAAUAAAGUAGACGCUGAAUCAAGUGAAACGAAAAAAUCAUACGCUGGCAUCCCCGAAGCCGAAUUUGUGGAAGAUGUGGACGCCUUUAUGGCAAAGUCAGAAAAUGACGGCUCGGUGGACAAAGUUUUGAAAAAACUGGACGAGAACCAUAGCAAAUACAAAUUUAUGGAGUACAACUUAAUCAACAAACGGAGAAGAUUAAAAGUUCAAAUUCCCGACUUGGAGCGAUCAUUGGAGAUGAUCGAGAAAUUGCAGACGGAGAAGAACAACAGUGCAAAUUUAGAAACGCAAUUUUUACUCUCCGAACAAGUUUUCGCGAAGGCUGUCAUUCCGCCAACUGAUAAAGUUUGCCUGUGGCUCGGUGCGAAUGUCAUGUUGGAAUAUUCGCUCGACGAUGCCCAAGAACUUUUGGUCAAAAAUAUUGAAGCCGCGAAGAAAAAUUUGGGAUUUGUCGAGCACGAUUUAGAUUUCAUUCGAGAUCAAUUUACCACGACGGAAGUGAAUAUGGCUCGGGUUUAUAAUUGGGACAUAAAACGCAGACAAGCUGCAAAAUCAUCAUAAUUGCACAAUUUUAAAAUGAAAUUUUCCAUUUCUGAUUUGCAAUUUUCAGUUUUUGGAUAUGCUUGCCAACAGAAAUUUUUCAGUGUUUUGUCGGGGCGGAAAAAAAGAGGAAUUAAUUGAGAAAUUGAGGUGAUAACAAACAAUAGAUUGUUGUAUCUAGAGUUAAGUUGUUUUAACACUUAUUGUUAAAUGCCGAUUAUAAUAAAGGAGUUCUUUUUUUAAUCAUAAAGCGAAUAGAAUUUGUUAUCACUUGGGAACGAUCUCGAUACGAAAAUUGUUGAUCAAUUUUGUUUAGGAAUAACAAAAUGAUUGUACUCGCUUUGAAUUAUAUUUGCAAUUUUUAAUAAACUGUAUAAUAAAGCCAAGUUAGUUUGAGGAAA